GUCUAAAGUUUCGUCUGAAUUUGAAGCCGCCGUAAAGUGAGAAUAAACAAAAAACAAAAAAGUAACAAAUCUAAUUAACAUGGAAGAAUUCGAUAAGCGUGAUUCAAGUGAUAUUGUACAAAAUUUCAAAUUCAAGAAACCUAAGAGAAAGCCUCAGAGGCAACGCAUUGAUGUUGAAGGAAACGACGAAGAUCCUAGCGGUGGUAGUAUGGAAAUCGACGUAUUAACCAAGUUGGAGGAAACAAAAGAAUUACAAAAAUUACGAGAAAGACCUCAUGGAAUCAGUGCAGUGGCUUUAGCCCUUGGGAAAAAAAUAACAAUUGAAGAAGAGGUUACAGUGAAUGAUCCAUUCAAAGUUGCAACUGGUGGAAUGGCUGACAUGAAAGCUGUAAAGACUGGAAAACCCAGUAGUUCAGUUGAUGAUGCUUAUGAAACAGGAAUUGGCACUCAGUUUUCAGUUGAGACCAAUACAAGAGAUGAAGAUGCAGAAAUGAUGAAAUACAUUGAGGAACAACUUGCAAAAAGGAAAGGUCUUAUGCAAGAAGAUGAAGACAAAGCUAACAAAUACUUGACACCAGAAGAGAUAGCCUUUUCCUCAGUACCUGAAUAUUUAAGGAUGAAGUCUACUGUCCAGUCAGAAGAAAUGUUAUCCAAUCAAAUGCUUAGUGGAAUUCCAGAAGUUGAUCUGGGAAUAGAGGCAAAAAUUAAAAACAUAGAAGCAACAGAAGAAGCCAAGCAAAAGCUACUCCAAGAAAGAUUGAGGAAAAAAGAUGGCCCAUCUAUGUUUGUCCCAACUAACAUGGCCGUUAACUUCGUUCAACAUAACAGAUUUAACAUUGAAGAAUCAGGCCCACCACGGAAAAAGCGUGCCGAAGCUGCUGUUAAGCCAGUCGUCAGUGUUCCUGUUGAAUUACCUAGAAGAUUAGACAAUGCGAGUGGGAAAAAGGAGCAUGAUAAGGCGAGUGAUGAUUUUUAUUUCGAAAAAUUUCGGCGUCAAUUCCGAAGAUGAUAAUGAUCCAAAAUGUUGUCGAGGAAAUAUAUACAUUGCAAUCAAAUUCAGAA